AUGCCUCACAGUCUGCGCGCCAUUGCGGCCGCAGCUCUGCCUUCAAUCGUCCUCUCAUCCGUCAUCCAACAGCCCAUUGACACUUUCGAUCAUACCCAGGGCUACCAAUUCGAUCCCCUUCUUCACCUCCCCGGUAUCUCGCCCUAUUUCGAUGCUGUAGGCUUCGGUCUUUCACACGCUGCGCCAGAUGGAUGCACCGUCACGUCUGCGUCGUACCUCAUCCGUCACGCUGCCAUCUACGCCAAUGAUGCCGAAUACGAAGACUACAUCCAGCCCUUCCUUUACAAGCUUGAGAAGCAUCGUGGUGAUUUCUCGGGCCCGCUCGAGUUUUUGAACAAGUGGCACUCUCCAAUUGAGGAGGAUCAUCUGGAGGACGUCACGCCCUCGGGCAAGAAGGAUGCUAAGAAGGUCGGAAACCAUCUCUUCAAGCGAUACAAGCACCUUGCUUCUUCAGUCAAGCGCGUCAUUGCGGAUACCAAGUCUCGAACGUACGAUACCGCCAAGGCUUUCUUACAGGCUUUCCCCGAGGAUGGAAACAUUGAGAUUACAAGGUUCGACAAGAAGGAGUUGAAUGACGGAACACGUGCUCUUCUUCCUCACAAGGCUUGUUCAAAAUUCUCAAAGUCACCUGGCACGGAUGAGCAGAAUGAGUUUGUCGAGAACUACGCGUCAUCGGUGUCGCGUCGCCUGCGCCCUUACACGCCCGAGGACUAUGAACUGGCUCCUAAGGAUGUCUUUGCUCUUCAGUCCAUCUGUGGCUAUGAAUCUGCCAUCAGAGGAAAGAAGUCGCCAAUCUGCGGACUAUUUUCUGACGCAGAGUGGCUCUCGUACGAGUACGCUUGGGACAUGAAAUACGCCCACAUGGUUGGGCCGUUCAACCCUCUGUCCAACUACCUUGGCUUCCCUUGGUUGCACUCCCAGUCAAAGCUUUUUGAAAAUAUCGAUAAGAACUCUGACUUAAUCGAUGAUGAAUCAACUGGUUCUGGUUGGCCCAAGGAGCAACGUCUUUUCUUCUACUUCACCCAUCGCGAAGUCCCUCCCUUUGUAGCCACAGCGCUCGGCAUCUUCAACUCUUCGUCCCACGAAGGCUAUGACGAAUUUCCUACCACGCACGUGAACCACGUUCGCGCUUGGAAGAUGUCUGAUCUGAUUCCCUUCUUGGGUCACGUCGGCAUGGAGAAGAUGACGUGCAAGCGACCCGACACCAAGGAUGGUUCCGGCGAGGGAGAAGAGUUUAUCAGGUUUAUUGCCAACACUGCACCACGACCUCUGCCACUCUGCCAGAAUGGACCAGGUGCUAGUUGUCCAUUCAAAGAGUUUAAGAAGAUUGUUAGUGCUGGUAUGGAAAAGUAUGGAGACUUCGAUGGUGUUUGCGAGAAUGAGAAGGAGGAUGAGUUGUAA